AUGCAAGAGACUCAGAAGCAACAUUAUAAUAAGAAGGCCCAAGUAUGGAUAUCAACAGCAGCAUUGUUAUUCUCCUCAGAGGAAAGUCCAAGGUUUGGUGAACAAAUAGCCAUGGGGAACAAGACAGCUGUCAGCUAUUUUGUUCUGUCAGCUGUUCCUCACCUUCACACCUCUAUGUAUUUUCUCCUAUCACACUUAUCUUUCCUUGACAUCUGCUACUCUUCAGUCACUGUCCCAAAGAUGCUGCAGAAUUUCUUGGUAGAGAAGAAAACCAUUUUUUUUAAUGGCUGCCUUUCCCAGAUGAGCUUAAUUCUUUUGGCGUCCUGUACAGAAAUGUUCAAGCUAUCAGCAAUGGCCUAUGAUCGGUAUGCUGCCAUCUGUGACCCACUGCAUUAUGUGGGGACCAUGAAUAAGCAAGUCUGCAUAGGACUGGUGGGUGGUGCAUGGCUGAUCAGUAUACUUUAUGCACUGACAAACACUGUACCUAUAUUACAUUUACAUUCCUGCGGGCCCAAUGAACUGAACAAUUUCAGUUGUGAGCUCCCAUCUCUACUAGAAGUGUCCUGCACAGAGACCUUCAUCAGUAAGAUGACACUUCUCACUUCAGCUAUGAUUUUAGGUUUGAUCUCAUUCUCUGUCACCCUGGUCUCUUACAUCUUCAUCAUCUCCACUAUCUUGAGGAUAAGUUCUACUGAGGGUAGACUUAAAGCCUUUUCCACCUGCAGCUCCCACCUAACUGUUUUUGUUCUGCAUUACGGGGCUGGUUUGUUUCGAUAUCUGAGACCCGGUCCAGCCUUUUCAAUGGUUCUUGACAGACUAUUCUCCAUCCAGUACAGUAUCUUAACUCCCAUGUUAAAUCCUAUAAUCUACAGCCUGAGAAACAAGGAGGUGAAGGCAGCUCUGGGAAAAUAUAUUGCAGGAAAUGAAAGGCAUGUGAAUGUAUUUCAGCAAUUGGAAAAAAAUAUUAUAGCUAAGGGGAAUUAUUAG